GUCACGUAUUUCACAUUUAAGAAGUUGGACUUUCUGGGAUUGUUUACGCAUCAAAAGAACUAAUGAAGUUUGAGCUGACUAAGCUAUGGUAAGUUUGUUAUUAUGUUGGGAGGGGUGUAUGUUUCGUUGGAAAUGAGCAUCUGAACUACAGUACUUAAACGACUGUUUGCUUUUAAUGUUACUGACUAUUUUGUACUGCGUGUGUUUACCAAGAAAGUCUCGUGAGGCUUGUUUUCCCGAUUAUUCAAGAGAACAAUUACUGAUUAAUACAGAACUCAACUACAGUAUUGCACACCGAGAGAGACUGUAGAGGUGCAAAUUAAAAGACUUAUUUAGAGAUAUUUGGUUAUCCAUUUCAUUAUUUCAUUCUUCCCAUUAAAAUGGGUCAGAAAACAGCAGCACUGAGCUUAAUUGUACUUCUUUGUUUCCAAGGUAUUUGUAAUACUUCUCCACCAAAAAACACAGAGGAACUUUUACAGCAUAUUUAUACCGUUGUUAGCAGCAUCGAUUCUCACUUGCUGAAGGAAGAAAGGCUAAGGGAGAUUACGCGUUUUUUUAGAAUUGACUCGGCCCUCGAGGCUAUACAGAAACAGGUAGCGAGUCUUUCCGAUCACGGUGGUUUAGGCCGAUCAAGCGUUUCUCAAGACCACGAACUGCACAAAGCUUUGGGCGAAGUAGACGUGAAGCUAGAGUCCAUGGGGAAUACACUAUCUUCAUUACAUACAGCAAUGGAGAACCAGCUUGGAGGAAGUAUUCAGAAACUAAAAGACGUAGAAGAAAACACUCGCAGCUUGCGCAGUGAUCUGGAUACCAAGCUACCUAAACUUAUGAAUAUCAUAACGGCUCUAUACGAAAUCAACAAACAGCUGAAAAAUGAAUUUCGUCCUGAACGGACACGAGGAGCCAUUCCGGCAUCGACGCCUCUGGGUAUUCAGUCCCAUUCAGAUAUUUAUAAAGAACAUCUUUUAGAGAAGCGACUGGAAGAAACCGAGAAGAAGAUUUUGGAAGAGAUGAGCGUAAUAUCUGUAAAAACCCGAAGUCAACUUAAUUCCCUUGAAACGAUAUCAAACAACGUGCUAGCACAGAGUGAAUCUAUACUAUCUCACGUGGAAACUGUGAAGAACUACAUGAAAUCACAUAAACCACAUACAACUAAUUGGCCUCUCCCGAGUGAUUACGCUCGAGAUUCCAAAGACAAUCAUGAAGAUAUGUGCAAGGCUGUUACUGAUACAGUUCUUCGGAAGAAUUUGGACAACAUGAUGCAAAACUUAAGCCGAAGUCAGCGAGACAUCAAGGAAGAGUUCCACCAUAACAUGCAAGAACUUGACAAAAAGUUGAUCUUACUAAGUGAGGUUGCUUCUUCUUCAAAAUCUUGCAGAUCUUCUGGAGACUUGAUACCCUCGGAGUCUGCAAGGAGUCUCGUUGUAGCACCUGCUGUACAAGAUGUAGAGAGGAAACCGAAAAUAGUUCGCCCCACUGAUUGCAGUAUUGAAUCUCACAACACCAUGCCAAAUAAUUGUGCAGAACUUCGACAAGGAGGAGCCAAUUGUGAUGGUGUUUACAUUAUUUUUCCUCAAGGCACCUCUGCGGCAAGAGUCUAUUGUGACAUGACUACAGAUGGCGGAGGUUGGACGGUAAGCUUGGAUUUUAGAUACAUAAUAUUACAAUUAAGACGAAAUUUAAAAACAUUAAAAAAUUGCCUAAAAUACAAUAUCCUUUCUAUAUUACAUGUAGAGUUAGAGUUUUGCAAUUAUUAA